GACUUGGAGCUUGGAGGAUUGACAAACUACACUUCAUUAUGAUUGACCUCUUGAAAGAACUCGGAAUUACCCACAGAGAAUGGAGUUUCGUGGAGCCAAGCUUGAUUGAAUCACGAGGAGUCAAGGCAAACAAUCAUGAAGCCAUAAAACAGGCCUAUCCAACAUUGCGCGCUCAUCCUCUGUUCGGCAGGAUGACCAGCAGUCAACUUCUAAGUCAUGCCUGCAAACCAGAACACAUUGCAAAUGUAGACAGCUACGCAACCGUUGAUACAUACUUCUCAAACAUCCUCAUACCAGAAGCAGCUGAAUACCUCUCGGAGUUGUACGGCUAUAAGGGUGACUACACUGAUUUCAUCGCUCCAAAAUCGUAUAUGGAAUUCACCGAGAUGUCGAUGAAGCUAUCCGACAAAUACAUACGACCGACAGGAGGAAUGUCAACGAUUAUUUCGACCCUUAAAAACAAAGUCGAGGCGAUGGGAGGGAAAAUAUUCACCAGUACUGGAAUAAGAUCUCUUUUUAAAGAUGGAGCCAACUUUGUCUUGAUAACACCAAAAUUAAGGGUGAAUUCCAGGAAGAUUAUUGUGGCUACACCACCGGUACAAUUUAGAGCAAUCAAUGGAUCAACAGCCAAGAGAAUCCAAGACACCCCCCAGUUUGAUUCCAUCCAGCCUAUACCCGCAUUCAAAGGUGCGGCUGUGUAUUCCAACGCCUGGUGGGAAAAGAUCAGAGUUGCAGGAUCGCCUGUCUUACCUGGACAGAAGUUCAUUUCUUACAGUAACUGCCUUGGAAUAAGCAUGGCGCACAGAGGCAAGGGUACAAAUGGCGAAGGAGUCUUGCACACCAUGUACUCAGACGGAGCUUGCAGCCGAAGAUGGGCGGACAUCGCUAACUUGAAGAAGAACUUCCUCAACGCUGAAGUUCACAGAGCACUGGAAAAGAAGUACGGAACGAAAAUUCCUACACCCUUGGAGACUGCAUACCAAUACUGGGAUUCCGCUUGGCAUUUCCAAAAGCCCGGUACCCCUUAUUCCAUGGUGGACAUCAGUAACUGGGCCAAGCGACCAUUCCCAGGAGAGAACAUCUUCGUCGUAGGCGAAGCUUUUCAUCCGUACCGAGGUUGGUGUGAGGGAUCUAUCGAGUCGUCCCAGAACGCUCUGAAAGAUGGCUGGGGUAUCCACAUCGGUGUGACAGCCAGAGCGGAGGGAAGGACUGCUCAGAAGGAAGAGCUAAGCCAACUUAUCAGGUCCAAAUCGAUGGCUCGAGCGUGAAAAGACCGUAAGGUUACAUAGAAGAACCACAAUCAUGAAUGCUAAAUAAAAACCUCCAUGACUUAGACAUGGUAUAAGAGAAAGAUUAUAUAGUAUCUGCAAACAAUGUAAUGUUACAUCUCCGUAAAUAAAAAAAUGGUGGUUUUCGUUCUAAUAA